GAUCCACCCACCUGUAUGCCUGCAUCGGCGCGCUAUCGCACACACGAUGGCACCUGCAAUAGUCGGCGGCGUCCGCGUUGGGGUGCUGCGCAAAUGCCGUUCAAUCGCUUUCUGCCGCCGGAGUAUGGCGACGGUGUCGACUCGAUACGCAUGUCCAUUGAGGGCGGCCCGUUGGCCUCAUCGCGCUUCGUCAGUCUGCUGGUGCAUGGUGCGCGCGAUGGUGAAGCGGCGGUGACACUGAUGACCGCGCAAUGGGGACAACUGCUCGAUCACGAUAUGACAUCGACGGCGCAACCGCGCUCAAUCAAUGGUUCAGUGCCGAGUUGCUGUGGCAACACCGAUUUUCAUCCAUCCUGCUUUCCAAUUAAAGUACCGCUAGACGAUCCAUGGUUAGCGCCACUUAAAGUGCGCUGCUUGGAGUUUCUGCGUUCGGCGCCUGCGCAGCGUCGUGACUGCAUACUCUCUUGGCGCGAGCAAACCAAUCAGGCCACCUCCUACAUAGACGCCUCACCCAUAUAUUCGAACAGCGCCAAGUCUUCUGACAACGCGCGCGUUUUUCGCAACGGCAUGCUUGUCUAUGGACGCGGCAAUCCUGCUGAGGAUGUGUGUCAACGCGGCGCGAUAGCUACGCAGUGCAUACGCGCAGGCGAUGGGCGCAGCGGUGAGCAGCCCGGUCUAUUGGCCUUACAUCACGUUUGGGUGGGUGAGCAUAAUCGCAUAGCGUUGGAGUUGAGCGAAAUGAAUUUGCACUGGAGCGAUGAGAAGAUCUAUCAGGAGGCGCGCCGCAUUGUGGGCGCCAUGUUUCAGCACAUCACGUACAGGGAGUUUUUGCCAAUUGUGUUGGGUCGUGAGGUGUGCAGACUUUUUGAUUUAGAACUGUUGAGCACCGGCUAUUAUCAGGGUUAUGAUGCGAAGACAAAUCCAACGGUCGCCAACUCUUUUGCUGCGGCCGCAUUUCGCUUCGGUCAUUCGUUGGUGCAGAACUCGUAUAUGCGCUGCGAUCGCUUUCACAAUUUCAUGCGCAAUAACGUCAGUCUGCAUGAGGAGUUCCAACGCGGUGACAUCGGCUCACCCGGUUCAUUGCAUCGCCUUAUACGUGGUUUGGUGAAUCAGCGCGCGCUGAAGCGUGAUGAGUUCAUAACACCGGAGCUUACCAAUCACCUCUUUCAAACACCAGGCUUUCCAUUCGGUUUGGAUUUAGCAGCGAUCAAUAUACAGCGCGGUCGUGAUCAUGGCGUGCCACCCUACACUUCAUGGCGCGUACCUUGCGGCCUUACGCCCAUAAACAGCUGGGAGGACUUUGCCAAUGUCGUAGGUCCACAAUCGGCGCAACGCAUCAGCCACGCCUAUCGUAGUGUGCAUGAUAUUGACCUCUUUGUUGGCGGUAUUGCCGAACGACCUGUAGUGGGUGGCCUAGUUGGUCCCACAUUCGCAUGUAUCAUCGCGCAGCAGUUCAGCAAUUCACGCAAAGGUGACCGUUUCUGGUACGAGAAUGGUGAUUUCGAAAACUCUUUCACACCCGCACAGUUGCAAUCCAUACGACGUGUCUCACUCGCGCAGGUGCUCUGCCGUGCUGUUGGCGGUGGUACAAUGCAGCCGCAUGCUCUGCUACCGUCGGAAGUUGAGGGUAAUGAACGCCAAGUUUGCGGUACCGGCACGUUGGCACCACUCGACUUGAGCCCGUGGAUCGAGCAGGAUCCGUUUGCGACCACUUCAACGACACAAACUCAGGAGCCGGAACGCGUAUUUGAGAUCUUAACGACAGAUACAAUUAGGGAGGACAUACCGACUGGCUCCGUACAAGUAGUAAAAGAGAAUAAGGCAGGCUUUCCGAAUCGUGAACGACCCGUGAAUAUCAAGAACACGCCAAAUGGGUUUGUUACCCAAAUUAAGGUGCCGGGUGAGAUAAUUCGUAUUAGUGACAAAUUAGACAUACGACAAAAAGUGACAUCUGCUAAACGACCAAUUGCGACUGCCAAACCAAUUAAGGGCAUUAAUAAUAAGAUUGACAAAAAUCCAAAGAUUACACUUAAUAUUCGUGGGGUGAACGUACGACGACCACAAGUAAACCGACGCACCACUGUAGUUGUGAACAAUAUACCAGUCGAACUGCGAAGUGCAACGGAUGGCGAGACUGAACUCAACGCAGCUAAACAGACAAGUACAACAAAAUCUACAAACACGCAGAGUACAACGGAAAGUAUGACCGAUGGAAAGGUGGAAGCACGCAUAGACGACACUGAAUUUGAAAUACAAACGGGACUUAACGAGCCAUUAGAAACUAACAAAGUUAUUGAACUCUUCAAAGAUGUUCAGAAACAUGCAGAUCUUGAGUUUCAAGCUGAUAGUAAACCAACUCAGACACCAAAGACUACAACUAUCUCGAACCGCAACGACUCUUCAGACGAUCCACUACCAACUGUAGCACAAAGCAGCACUGACAAAAAAGACGGCACAAUAAAUGACAAUGCACGACAAUCAAAGCUUGAACUGGAGAUACGAUCUGAAUCACUUGACACUAUUAACAAUACCGUUACGCCCUCAAUUAAGGACAUUCUUUCUGACAAAACUAUUAACGCAAAAGGACCGACUGCCCAGGAGACAAACGAAGAAAGACAUAUUGAGGACGGAGAUAGUGAGACUUCACAAUCCCUAAAAGAACUUACAUUUAUUGACAAAACUGCGAGUAAUACCAAAGCAAACACAGACGUAAAAGACUUUGAGAACAUACUGAGAGAAAAUUUCAGUGGAGCUGAAUCUAAAGCGGUGAAAAAGGAGGUAGGCGACAAAGACAUGGAAACAGACGUUAAACGUACAGAUAGAGACCAACUUACUAACUGGAAUGCCAGAACUGAAGCACCACAGGCUUUAUUACCAGACGGCGUUGAGAACUUAGCGACAGCUUCGACAGAUGAUGUGUCUAUCACAGACACAAAGAAGCAAGCAAGCGAAAUACAAAAAAACCUAGACAAUGGAGAUAGCACAUGGACAGUUUCAACUAAUUUACCGCUUACAAAGUUACCGCGUUCUACUACAGAACCGGACGACAUUACGUUAACUGAAGGGACGGAUGACAAAAUCUACAAUUUUACAGACCACACAAUUUUUGACGGUGAGCCGAUUACCGCUGAUCUUAACCCAAUGGAACGAUUACAAGAAACCGCCGAACUUACAAGUUUAAGACGACGUCGACCACAGGUGAACCGAAAAUUGAUUGUAGUCAAAGUACCGAACCGGAAUAAUGAAACUAAAACUAGAUAUCUUACAAAAACGACUAAAAGUGCGAGCACUUCUCGACAAGUGGAACUCAGACAAUACCAAACGCAGCCGACAUUUUACACACGACCGCAGAAAGUUGUAGUCAACGGACCAAACUCGGAUCAAUACGAAAUCGAAAUAAACAUACGACAAACAAAUAAGCAAUCAUCUCCAGUUCUACCCUUAACGACUGCGGCUAGUCCUUACCAACAAUGGAAUCGUUAUGACAAAUAUUCACCCAGUUAUGUGGGCACAUAUUACUCGAGCACUAUAUCGCCACACGCCUUUUAUCCGAACACACCCACCGUAUCGGCUAACGUCGUACAAACACGACGCACCAAGCCACCGACCGUUAUUUAUAUUAACGAACACGAAGACCGUUACACAACGACUACACGCGCACCGGGACUGUUUCAAAAUAUUUUGUCUUUUGCCAACAGUGGCUUUGGCAACAAUAACAAGCCACAGCAGCAGCAGCAGAGUCCACACAGUACGACAGCUCAAAAAGAACACGCAAAUUACGGAACUAGUGUCUCAAAUAUUUAUGAGAGCAACCAAAUUUACGGACCGAACACGGAUAUAUCUUCCGUAUCACACUAUGUGCCACGACCAACGAACCAGAAUGCGUUACCAGCCUUCCCCGCCGUACCAUCGGCUGCUAGUCUGAGUCAGGUGGGUGGUUUGGCGAGUAGUGGCGUGGUACAGGCGACAAGUAGUGCAAUCAGCACUGGCAACUUUGGCACCAUUGUUGGUGUGGCACAAGCGAAUGGCGGGGAUAGUACAUUUAGUUUUAAUAUACGGCCCAAACCCAACCCAGGCGGACAGUCGCAACUUCCUUUACCGCCAAAUCAAAUCGAUGGCGGUAGUUACGGCCUAUUGCCGUCGCGUAAUCCUCCAUUUAACCAAGCACCGAAUACGGGAUUCUUAAGCUCGCAACAUUCAGUGGCUUCCCCAAGCGGGCAGACAUACUUUAGUAAUACGAACAAGGAAGGUGCAAAUAGUCCGUUUUCAAGCGCACACCAAAGACCGCAACAAGGAACUUAUGGCUACUAUAGUCGCAUACAGAACUUACCGUUACAGCAGAAGACAAACUUGGAACAUACUAUUACUAUCAAGGACUAUGACGAAAUCGCCAUUUCACGCACACUCGAACCAAUCCUGACUAACAACUCAACGGAUGACGAAAAUGAGGUCGACGACAUCGACGAUGUGGACGAUUACGAUUAUAGGGAUGAUGAUUUGAGUGAAAAAUUUGAUCAAGACGGUUAUAUAAGACCCGAACAUAUGAUACAAGCGGUAAUUAAAUCCAAAGAGAACGAAUUGCGUAACUUAACUGGCAACAAGAACUGUAGUGCCAAAAUUGUGGACGACAAUUACGUGCUGCCCGUACUUAACACAACUCUAGACACGCUGAACAAAGAAUACUUACCUAAACUGUUAGAACAAAGUAUAGAGACGACCACUACCGAGACAACAACAAGUACGACGACAGAAAGUGUGACCAACUUCCCUGAUGCUGUGGGGAAACAUAUUAAUAAUGACAUAUUGGCCGAAGACGAUGACGAAGAAACGACCGAAACUUUAAUUGCUACGAAAACGACUGCAAUCCGGCCGUUAACGAACGGGAGACAAAGUGUGAAGCAGCUUGAAAUUGAUACUGAAACUGCGAAGACGAAACCCAUUCUUGCCGAACGUAUUGCUUUUGCGCCCAUUAAGAUUUUAACCAAGCUAGAAAGACCUGACAAUUGGAUAAUUUACGAUUCGCCCAAAAAUUACCCUUUAUUGCCUGAAUUACCGGCCAUGAAUGCAGACUCGUCUGCACCUACAGACGAAAUACCAAUGCCUAUAAGGGGUUUGGCGGGAAUUUGGCAGAAGAAGAUACAAACACAAAAGCACAAGAACAGAGAGCAGUUUUUGCCAACUAAAGCGCCGAAGUCCAUCGAGUCCACGUUGCAAGCAGCAGCGGUAGUUUUCACAACCACUUCACCAGCAAAUGAUGUACUCGCCUAGAAUUAAAUACUAAUGCAGUUGAGAUUUUG